UAGUGUUUUCAUGCUUUGCAGAGAGUUGUUUGAGGGAUCAUGGGUUUCUCGUGUUUUCAUCGCUUAAGAUAAACGAUGUAAAAACAAUUUUAAAAUUACAUUUUCUUAUCUUCGCUUAUCUGCUCUCACUAUAAUUGAAGCUCUGCUAAUAGACUCAUGUCGUUUCCUCUGCCGCGUCCUCCGGGUCUUCAGCUGCCGCGGCAUCUUCUACGUACUAUAGACUGUCAGCAGGGCGCUGUGAGAGCCGUGCGCUUCAACGCCGAUGGAAAUUAUCUGUUGACGUGUGGUGGAGAUAAAUCUCUGAAGCUGUGGAGUGUCAGUCAUGGGACACUACUGAAGAAUUACACCGGUCACGGAUAUGAGGUGCUGGAUGCAGAUGGCUCUUUUGACAACAGUCAGCUGUGCUCGUGCAGUUCGGAUAAGACUGUCAUUCUCUGGGAUGUGGCGACUGGGCAGGUGACACGCAAACUCCGUGGACACGCUGGGAAAGUGAACUGUGUACAGUUUAAUGAAGAGGCUACUGUAGUGCUGUCAGGCUCCAUUGAUGGUACAGUACGUUGCUGGGACACUAGAUCCAGACGGAUGGAGCCAAUCCAGAUUUUGGAUGAGGCUCAAGAUGGCAUCAGCAGCCUGAAGGUGUCUGAGCAUGAGCUGUUGAUCGGGUCUGUUGAUGGCAGAGUGAGGCGUUAUGACCUAAGAAUGGGACAGCUUCAUGUCGAUUUCAUUGGAAGUCCCAUCACUUGUGUGUGUUUCAGUCGGGACGGGCAGUGCACCCUAAGCUCCUGUUUGGACUCCACUGUUCGUCUGCUGGACAAAAGCUCAGGAGAAAUGCUAGGAGAGUACACUGGCCAUGUAAAUAAAGGCUAUAAGCUUGACUGCUGUUUGUCUGAAAAAGAUACACAUGUAUUAAGCUGUUCAGAGGAUGGCCAUGUUUACUUCUGGGAUCUGGUGGAGGGUUCCUUGACUUUAAAGUUGCCUGUUGGGAAAGCUGUUGUCCAGUCAUUGUCCUUUCACCAAACGGAGCCCCUACUUUUGACUGCUAUGGAGGGGCGUGUUCAAGUGUGGGGGGCAGAGCCAGAUGAAGAGUCAGUGGAAGAUGUCAAAGCUGAGUAGAGAGAGUUGAAUACCAAACACAAGGGCAGGACUCACUUUAAUGAGAACUAAUGUGAAUCAUUAUUUUGUAGGAGCUGGGAUUUUAUUAAUUUUGUUUUGUAUGCUAAAACUAACAGAUAA